UGUAAAGAAGUAACGUUUUUUUUUUUUUUGAUAGUGAAGACGCAGCAAAAACUUACGUCUUUUUUGAAAAUUACAAAAAUUUGACGUUGCUCGAGUUUACCAAUACCGCUUAAUAUAAGUGCCAUGUAUUUAAGUUAACGAAUAGUUAUGUAAAAAGCAUACACGAUCAUUGUAUAUAUAUACCUUGCAUACACGAGUCAUACAGUUAGUUUAUCAAGUUUUCUGUGCUGUGUAAGUAAUAUUUUCUUUAAAAUCUGUCAAAUAUGGAAUUAAGUACAACACUUCCAACGCUCUACGAACAUUAUACGGCAGGUGGUAUAACAUCCGGAUUAUCCGUAGACCAGCCUUAUUUUACUUUAAAUAACAAAAAUAUCUCGAUAUACAGCGGCUCUUUACACUAUUACCGUGUACCAAAACCAUACUGGGCUGACCGAUUAAGGAAAUUUAGAGCCGCAGGAUUGAACACUGUCGAAACUUACAUUCCGUGGAAUCUCCACGAACCGCAACCUGGAGUUUAUGAUUUUGGGAACGGCGGAAGUGAUUUUCAGGAUUUUCUUGAUUUAGAGCAUUUUUUGAAACUUGCUAAACAAGAAGAUUUGUUCGUUAUUCUCCGACCAGGUCCGUACAUUUGUGGCGAAUGGGAAUUUGGUGGCCUACCCAGUUGGUUACUUAGAGAAAGACCGUUUAAAGUACGAACUUCGGCGUCCACCUUUAUGAACCAUGUGACCAGGUUUUUUAAUCGUCUUCUACCGAUGCUUGCGCUACUACAGUUUACGAAAGGGGGACCCGUAAUAUCCUUCCAAAUUGAAAACGAAUACGGAAGCACCACCCAGAAAGGAGUAUUCAAUCCCGACAGAACUUAUUUGGAACAACUGAGAAGUUUGUACUUGAAAAAUGGAAUUAACGAGCUGCUUUUUACCUCCGAUUCUCCAUCACAAUAUGGGGAAGCAGGCACACUUCCGGGUGUUCUGUUUCAAACGGCCAACUUUAAUAGAGAUCCCGGAAAAGAAUUCAGAUAUUUAGCCCAAUACCAGCCCAAUAAGCCUUUUAUGACGACAGAAUUAUGGGCAGGAUGGUUUGAUCACUGGGGCGAACAACACCACACUGUAUCACCUAGAUCAUUUUCCCAAAUUUACAAAGAAAUUCUUAGUUAUCCGGCAUCGGUAAAUAUUUACAUGUUCAUAGGUGGUACUAGUUUUGGAUUCAUGAAUGGUGCAAACAUUGAAGGCUUAAACGUGGACAAUAAAGGGUACCAACCUGACACAAACAGCUACGAUUACGAUGCGCCUCUAACAGAAAUAGGAGAUUACACAGAAAAAUAUUAUGUUGUCAAGCAAUUGAUCGAAAAGUACAAUCCAAUUAAAACUAAACUCCCCCAACUACCCCGUCCUAUCAAUAGAACAUCGCUGCCUUCAACGUAUAUUCAAGAACAAUUGCUCCUAAUUGACAUCCUAUCACAGGUCCAAGAAAAAGUUCGCAGUAAUAGAACUAUGGCGAUGGAGUAUCUCCCCAUAAACAACGGAAGUGGUCAAAGUUACGGUUAUAUAGUAUAUCGUAAAGAAAACAUCGAUAUAUCUGCUGGUUCUAUUCUCAAAAUUGAAGGCCGUGUCUGUGAUACAGUUCUAGUCUUAGUCAAUGGACAGUUAGUAUCAAAACCUUUAAGAACCCCAUCGGAUUUGGACCGAUUUGGUUAUUGGAGAUUGAAAGACUCUACGUUAACCCUAUCAUCAGUAAAUUUAACCGGUGCAACUCUAGAACUCGUGGUAGAAAACUGGGGACGAGUAAAUUAUGGUAAACUAAAUCAAUUCUAUCAAUCUAAAGGAUUAUGGCAAGGAAAGAUAUUUAUAAAUGACGAAGAGAUACAAGGCUGGGAAAUUGUACCACUGGAAUUUAAGAAGGCCUGGAACAAUAAGUUGCAAGGCUGGCGUAAAGUUGACGAUAUUUCUUCUCCAAAACCUGCCAUUUAUAGGACAACAUUUACGGUUGAAGAACCUAAAGAUACUUUUGUAAAUAUGAACAACUGGACCAAAGGUAUUGUUAUCAUUAACGGGUUCGUUCUGGGAAGGUACGUGUCUCCUUUGGGGCCACAACUCACCCUUUAUCUUCCAGCACCCUUACAGAAAAGUGGCGUCAAUGAAAUACUAGUGUUUGAACAUUUUUAUGCAGCUGAUAGUAUAACUUUUUCGGCAAAACCAAUAUUUGGAAGUUCUAGUUUCAUUUUUUAAAUGUAACAAGUAAGAAAAAUAGUACAAUUUACAGUAGGUACUACAUGGUCCUAACUGUUUGCAUAAGGAAUAAACAAUUGUUUAAAUGUAAAAA